UCGAUUCUCAUAAUUAUUCUGUAGUUGGUUUUGGUCGCACAAACCAAUCGGAAAAAUCAUCUCCGCAGUACAAUUUAAAAAAUAUAUAAAACACGCGCGUUUUAAAUCAUUAUUGUUGUUGUUUUUCUUCUUUUUUCGGUUGAAUUUUUUCGUUUCAUUUAUUCAUUUUUUUUUUUGUUCUUGCUUUUUGUAAUGCAGUUUGUUCAAUAUUCACACAUUGUGAAGUUGAGUUUGAGAUAAAGUUAAUGUAAAAAAAAAAAUCGGUUCUGGAUAUAUAUGCAUAUACAUGUACAUGCAAAUGUGUGUUGAGUCAAGACAAUAUUUAAUACAAAUCAAUCAAUUCUGAAUUGGUUGUCGUGCAGUGUAUCACAGUCGGCAAAUACGGUCGGUAUUGUCGCAAUAAAGGUCUUAAAAAGUAUUUAUUGUCAUCGAAUUUACGUAAACAUUUCGCCGAAUAGCGACAGACUAUUAGCAAAUCUGUUUGUAAUAAAAUGUAAAACGUAUUUUUAACCUAAACAAAAAAAGCAGCACCGUCAGAGAAAAAAACGAAAAGAGAAGGAGAGCGUGAAAAUACGAAAAUCAAACAACCACCACUGUGAAAAUAAUAACAGUGACCGCGUAGUGCAAAGACUUAACAUAUUGUACAUUGAAUUUGUGUUCAGCAAACAAAGUAUAAGAUUUUUGGCUCUUUAUCUCGUAAUCGUUCAUAAUCGUCGCAUUUUAGCAGAAAAAAAUGGCUUUGAGUCAAACUUCAGUGUUAAAGUUGUAUCACACAGUGAUAGACGAUGUCAUAGCUGGCGUUCGAGAUUCAUUUUUGGAUGAGGGAGUUGAUGAACAGGUGCUUCAGGAAAUGAAGCAGGUAUGGGUGAACAAAUUGAUGGCAAGCAAAGCCGUUGAUAAUCAUCCGGAGCCAACUGAAACACAAGCACCACCUAUCAUUGCCAAUAAUACAUCUAAAUCAAAACACAACGGAACCAAAUCAAAGAAACCGAGUGCACAACGAGAACACAAAAAUUCCGAAUCAAAUGCGAGCCAGGCGGCCACAGCAGAUUCAUCAAAUGAAAACAGCACAAAAGCCUCAGCUGUCACACAACAAACGAUAAAUAAACCGGCUGGGUCACAACCCGUUCAGACACAAUCAAGUGCUGUUCAUCACAAGCAGCCACCUGCUUUGGUACCAACACAGUCGGCUGCACCUCCUCCACCUCCACCUGCCGUCAUUGGUUUGGAUCCAUCAAAAAUUGUACCAAUUCAAAUAACUUUGCCUGCGCUGCCCAAUUCGGAAAAUCCUGAACCACGCGUUUUGACAAUACAAGUGCCUGCAUCCGCCUUGCAAGAAAACAAAUUACACAGUGCUUUAACUGCAACAAAUAUCAUUCAAAGUAUUAUGAAUCUACCACCGUCCGUUGCAGCAUCCGUGCUUCAACAGCAUAUCAAUGCGGUAUUAACCAACAAUGCACUUGCAAAACAAGUUGAUGGCACUGCGGAUACAUCCGAUGAAGAUGGUAGCGAUGUAAGCGACGACAAUAUGGAUAACGAUGACGAUGAUGAUAAUUUACCAGAAAAUGAAGAAGAGGAGGAAGGUCUUGGCCCCGAAGAAGAACCACUUUGUACUGAUGAUGACGUUUCUGAAGAAGAAAACCAAAACGAGUUGUUUGACACGGACAAUGUAGUUGUGUGUCAAUACGAUAAAAUAACACGAUCGCGUAAUAAAUGGAAAUUCUAUUUAAAAGAUGGCAUUAUGAAUAUAGGCGGCAAAGAUUAUAUUUUCCAGAAAAGUAACGGCGAUGCUGAAUGGUAGUGCGCAGAAAUCACUUGAAUCAAAUCAAGUUCAACAAAAUGAAAAAUCAAAAAUACCCAAACAAAAUCAACAAUUCGACAAUUCCAUAUUCUCAUUUUCCUGAGCCCAAUCGUUCAUCCAUCAAUAGUUCGUGAUGAUUUAGACCUGUUGACCUUUUGAUUUUCAAUAACAUUUGUUUUGAAUUUAGUUAUCCAGAAUACCAAAAUCUAUUUUUUAAAAGAAAAAUUGCAUGUUUCGCUUAUGUCUGAUCAUAUUUUCGGAGCCAAUUUUGAAGACAACCAUCGGAGAAAACAUUAACGUGAAAGAAACCAAACUUAUUUCAAAUGAAUAUAACAACAAUUCGGUUUUGUCUUAAGUAUAAUUAAUUCGAUGGAAAUAUAUAUAAAAAAAUACACAUACAAUCACGAGCACGUUUCUCUCAUAUCGAAUUAUUGCAUUAAAUGAUUUAAGAUUCAUUUAGAAUAUGUACGUAUUACACGAAAGUAAACGAAAUAACCGAUUUUGUGUUGAAAUUGGCACAAGUACAUAUAUUCAGGAGACAAACUGUAAUGAAUAAUGCGAUAAAUAAAAUUAUAUAUACAUGUCAUGAAAUAUUGAAA